GCACAGGCAGCACAUUAUGAACGUUGGUACCUCCCUGAGGCAGAGGUUACGCAGCUCGUGCAGGUGUUUUGCAUAAGGGAGCUCCUCGCUUUCCCCUUAACAGUGUGCCAAGACGCUACCUGAAGUCAUGGCUGACCAGGUGGCCGCCAUGUGUGAUCAGCUUAUUAAAGCUGUGAAUGUGAUGAUGGAUCCAGAAACAGACCAAAUUUACCGACUGGAGGCCCUAAAGUUUUGCGAAGAGUUUAAAGAGACGAGCACCUUCUGUGUCCCAUGUGGCUUACAACUGGCCGACAAAGCCCAGACAGCUGUAGUGAGACACUUUGGUUUGCAAAUUCUGGAGCACGUCAUCAAGUUUCGAUGGAACAACAUGCAACAACAAGAGAAAGUUCAGUUGAAGGAGUGUGCCAUGCAGCUGUUAUCAACUGGUACUCAUGCUAUCCUGGAGGAGGAGAGCCACAUCAAAGAUGCCCUGUCAAGAAUCAUUGUGGAAAUGAUAAAGAGAGAAUGGCCUCAACAUUGGCCAGAUAUGCUGAAAGAGAUGGAGGCUCUCACCAGCCAUGGGGAGGCACAGACAGAGCUGGUUAUGUUGAUCCUGUUGAGGCUGGCAGAGGAUGUGAUCACCUUCCAGACGCUGCCCACCCAGCGACGCAGAGACAUCCAGCAGACACUCACCCAAAACAUGGAAAACAUCUUCAGCUUCAUGAUCGCCAUUCUGCAUGUUAAUGUCGAGGACUACCGUAAACUGAAAGGGUCACUUGGACAUGAACUGCAGGCCAGAGCUCACUGUCGAGUUGCUGUGGCUACACUGAACACGCUUGCAGGCUACAUAGACUGGGUGUCUCUGGUGCACAUUACCUGUGGAAACUGUCAUCUGCUGGAGAUGUUGUGUUUGCUGCUGAGCGAACCGGAGCUGCAGCUGGAGGCAGCAGAGUGUCUGCUCAUCGCUAUCAGCCGGAAGGGCAAGCUGGAGGAUAGGAAGCCAUUCAUGCUGCUGUUUGAUGAUGUGGCCAUCCACUACAUCCUUUCUGCAGCCCAGUCAGCCGAUGGACUUGCAAUAUGUAAGAAAUCCUCUGAAUCACAAGCAGUGGAGGUGGUGGAGCGGCGUUACAUCUUCCUGAAGAGGCUGUGUCAGGUCCUGUGUGCUCUGGGAGGACAGCUCUGCUCGUUGGUGGGUUCAGAUGUAGAGGUCGAUGUACCUGCAAAUCUCAGCAAGUACAUGGAAGCCUUUUUAGCCUUCACUACACAUUCCAGUCAGUUUUUAAAGUCGUCCACUCUGGCUACUUGGGGAGCUUUGUUCAGACAUGAGACUCUGUCAAAGGAUGUGGUUGUUGUGGAUAAGGCCAUCAAAUUCCUCAGAGCGUGUAUGACCAACCUACUCAAGACUGGAUUUCCAUCUAGAGCUGAUAACCCAAGCUGCGAGUACUCGCGUGUGGACUUUGACAGCGACGAGGACUUUAAUUCUUUCUUUCAUUCUUUCCGAGCACAGCAGGGAGAGGUGGUGAGGAUUGCAUGUCGCAUUGUCCCUCUGGAGGCUUUCCAGAUAGCAGCAGAAUGGUUACAGUAUCAGAUCGCCAGCCCUAUUGAUACUGGGGCUACCACAUCUAAGACUGCUGAGGGCCUGUGCUCCCUCCUGUCUCCGUCAGUGGUCCAGUGGGAUGCAAUGACCGUCUUCAUGGAAUGUAUGGUCGCACAGAUCUUCAAAAAUGUAGAAGAGGAGAAGUUGCCCAUAGAUCAGAGCAUGGAGCUGCUGCAGGCUGUGCUGAACUACGACACCAAUGAUCCGCUCAUCUUGUCCUGUGUGCUCACCAACGUCUCUGCCCUCUUCCCAUUUGUCACACUAAGGCCGCACUUCCUGCCACCGGUCCUCUACAAGCUGUUUAAAGCCAUCACAUUUGAGGUUGGUCAGGAAAGUAAGGCACCUCGAACCCGAGCUGUAAAGAACGUGAGGAGGCACGCCUGUUCUUCCAUCAUCAAAAUAUGCCGGGAUUACCCACAGUUCAUCUUGCCUUGUUUCGACAUGUUUUACAAUCACGUAAAGAAGAUGUUCUCAGGGGACGCCAUGCUCACUAACAUGGAGAAAUGUUCACUGAUGGAAGCUCUGGUGCUCAUCAGUAACCAGUUCAAAGACUUUGCAAAGCAGAAGGCUUUUCUAGAUGAACUGAUGGCUUUAGUGGUUGCAGAAUGGACCUCGGAUGAGAUGAGGCAUGUGCUGUGGGACCCUGCUAUGUUCCUGUCCUUUGUUGGAGCUGAUCAGGUUGUCACUGAGCAAAGUAAAGAUACAGACACAGCGGCCCUUAAUAGGGGGCGGUUGAGCUUCUGCUUAUAUGCCAUGUUGGGGGUGGUGAAGCGGGCACGCUGGCCUGCAGACCUGGAGGAAGCCAAGGCUGGUGGCUUUGUGAUGGGCUACACUCCUGCAGGAGCUCCCAUCUACAGAAACCCCUGCACUGCCCAGUUUCUGGUCUUGCUGCCCAACCUGCUGGCUCUAAUCAGGACUCACAACAGCUUGUACAUGCCAGAGAACAUGACUCGUCUGAGUGCGACUUUCUCCAGGGCCCAUGAAGUGAUGGAUACAGAGAAAAAUGUGGUUCUUGGUCUCUCUCAGCAUCUUCUGGAUAUUUAUGACUCUCCUGUGUAUAGAACCAACCUGGAGCGAAUGCAGGGAUUUUUCACCACAUUGUAUGACAACUGCUUCCAUGUCCUGGGGAACGCGGGUCUGUCUCUGCAGCAGGAAUUCUACACCAUUGAGAGGUUGGCAGAAGAAAUAUCUGGCUCUGCUUUUGUCUCCCUCGACCAUGUGCCUGACCACAGACUUCGCCCUAUGAUUCGGGUGUUUCUGAGGCAGUUGGUGGUGUCGUGUCCUCAGGAGUACUACAACAGUCUACUCUGCCCCCUGCUGGGACCUCUGUUCGCCUACAUGCUGCAGAGACUCAAUGCCAAGUGGCAGGUCAUCAACCAGAGGACUUCUGUCAAUGGGGAGGACGAGGAGGAGGCGGUGUGUCAGGAGAGCCAGGUGACGCAGGAGAUGUUUGAGGAGCAGCUGGUUCGCCUGCUCACCAGGGAGGUGCUGGAUCUUCUCGCUGUGAGCUGUAUUUCCAAAAAAGGGCCUGAACCAGCAGCAAAUAAGGAGGAAGUAGAUGAGGAAGACAUGAUGAUGGAUUUAGUGCAGACGGCGUCUCCUGCCCAGCCCACAGAGGAGCUGACUGAGCUGGGAAAAUGCCUGAUGAAACACGAGAACAUCUACAUGACCCUGUUGACCCUCUCCUUCACCUCUCUGUCGUGGAAGGACACCACCAACUGUCACCGCACUGCCUCCAUGGUCUGCUGGACACUUUUGCGGCAGGUCGUAGGGGGUAAUCUUCUUCCUGAGGCGGUGACGUGGUUCUAUACCAGUGUUCUUCGGGGCCUUCAGGUUCACGGGCAGCAUGAGGUCUGCAACUCUGCCCUCUCUCAGCUGGCCAUGCUCAUCUAUGAAAACCUGCGUCCUCGCUACAUUGAGCUGAAAGCAGUGAUGACCCAGAUCCCAAACAUCGGUGUGGAGGCUCUGGACCAGUAUGAUCACAGGCUCAUGGACCCCAAUGCCCCGAAGGUUGGAGACAAGAAGAGGAAAGACCAGUUCAAGAAGCUCAUUGCAGGAACUGUUGGGAAAGCUCUGUGCCAGCAGUUCAGGAAGGAGGUUCAUAUCCGGAAUCUUCCAUCGCUCUUUAAAAAGCCAAAGCCAGACAAGGAUCUGCUACCGAACAGUGAAGCACUGGGCCUGGCAGCUCUCUUCUCCCCGGAGAAUAAUACCCUGUAGGAACACAUAGUGGUUCUAAUGGACUUCUGACUGAAGACGGAGUUGUGUACAAACCAGGGUUUCCCCUCACCGUCCUCCAGCUGGGGCAGCGUGGCUUUACCUAGCAUAACUGCCAACAAUCCUGUUUUCCAAUCUUUUAUGUCACUCCUCGUUGUGCCACAGCACGACUUACACUCCUAAGUAAUAUCUUUCUACUAGUCAUUUGUCCAGGCAAGUAUCACACAUUAGAUCCCGUUUUUAAAUCCUAUUCUGUUUCUGUGUUAGAUUGUGUUAAGAGACCAUCUUAAAAUAGCAGACUAUUUAAUAUUUGCUCUGCUGCAGCUUUAUUGAGCCACACAACUAUCUUGAAACAGGAUGGGUUUUCGUUUCACUUUGGACCUUUUUUCAUUUUAAAGGGCAAUAUUUGCCCAUUGCUCAGCAUCAUGCACACUAAGCAUGUCAGAUAUAUGGGACAAGGGGAGCCCAGCUGCGGUUUGAUAUACAGCAUAAAAAUUAGCAUCUAAUGAUAUCCAAACGAGCAAAGCCAAUAUAGCCAAUAGCUGCAGGAGUAGCCUAUUAGGAGUGUGGGUAGUGUGUGGUUUGUGGAGAGGUUUUUGUACCUCUCCACAAGUACUUUUGUACUUUUUUUAUUUUUUUUAUUUUAAUAUUAAUUUUAGAAGUUGGUGUUGGCAGAUAUGUUGUGUGAGCACACGGCUGCUGUCGAGGUUAUUAUAUUCUGGGUCAAGAAGAAGUGAAAUCUUGGACAAAUCCUUGUACACAUUUCUGUAUUUGCCGUAAUUUCCUUUUGACUGGACAAGCUUGAAUGCAGUCUCUGAUUCUGAAGGAUGUGCUUAGGUGCCUCAGGUGUGACGUUCCCUAAGAUGGGGUGAAGAUGCUUUAUGGAAACACCCUAAGAGAAAAAAGCAGCUGGUUUGUGUUUUCAUGAAUGGUUAUUGUAGUUAAUAGUUAAUAUGUACAACAGUUUUCUAGUAGUGCAGAUAAUACACAGUAGUUGGUUUAGGCAAUGAUGGUUUGCAUUUUACCAGUUCCUUAUCAGCACAAACUAACAGCCCAAGUACAAUUUUAUUUUCUUAUUUUUUUUGGGGGCAUUGCUGCCUUUUUUGGAUAGGAAAGCUGGGAUAUGAAAUGGGAGGGAGAAGGGGGAAGACAUGCAGGAAAACCAUCACAGGUCCUCUGCAUACGUGCGCCCGCUCUACCAACUGAGCCAAUCGGCCACACAAUACAAUUUUUUCUUUUUUUUUUUUUUUUUUAAUGCAGUGCGCAUAUGCUACAAAUAAUACAGCCACAUUUUGUGCCAAAACACUCAUGGUAGACAUGUUUGACAAAUGUGACCAGACAAUUAUGUCCGAGAAGCAAAACCUAAUAAGAUAUACCUUUUCAUAAUGAUUAUUUAAUGGUGCACUCAACAACUAAUGUGUAGCUUAAUCCAAGUCUUUCUGUUGUUUUAGCUGUUCCUUUGGUGAUGAUAUUCUGUUUUUCACAUGUUUUUUGUGUUUUUACUGGUUUUGCCAGCCAUAGGAAAAAGAUGAACCAGCACUACAUUCCUUCAUUGUCCAAGAGAUUGUUUUUAAGCAUAAUUCGAUGGAUGCAUUUUGCUCUUAUGGAGCUGUCGUAGUAGAGAGUGAUUUGUGUUGUGUUGUGUAGAUUCAGACCAAAAAUAAAUGGGAGUUAUUUUGGCAUGGAGUGAGCCCCCUUUUAAAUGUAUAAAGACUGGUCUGAUUCAGAUAACGUUUUACUAAAAACACAUGAUACUUGACCAGGAGUAGCUUGACUUUGCAAUGAUUUCCCUGUCUUUGUGAUGAUUUUUUGUUAACAUGUGGCCAUUUUUAAAUAUGCUUGUUCAACACUAAACUGUUCUGUACAAAAGAAAAAAUAGGCUUUUUAAAAGUGCA